GAUGUUUACGUUCAUGCAAGAAGGUGAGCUAUUAACUGAACUGCUAACCAAUAGUUUAGCUAAAAUUGAAUUUGUAUUUGGUGUAUUGGCAAGCAAUGCAUGUUCCCGUUGUCUUUAUUUUUAAUUAGUUAAUGUUAGCUCACAUAUGUCUUUCGGUGGAAUCCAACAUGCAUUGACAAUGUUGUGUCAGAUAUACUGCGUCAUGACAGAUUGAAAUUGGUAGACUUAUCCAAACAAUUCAUACAUAUGCAAUUGUUACUUUGCAUGUUUCUACCUUAUACUUAUUUACUGCUUGCUAAGGGUUAGCGUGCUAGCUAACGGUUAGCGUGCUAGCGAUGCUAACGAUGCUAGCUUCUUUUUUUUUGUAUGAUGCUAGCUAUGGUGGCAAGCUAGCUAAUAAGUUUAGCAUAAUUGGUAAACAUGUCUUUGAUUCAGAAUACAUCAAUACAUUGUGGUUAACCCAAUGUUACAUGCAUUGGAAAAUAAAAUUGCUAGUGUAACUUGAAUUGGUUUACAAGCUAGCUAGAAAAGCCAGUUCCUUUUCAUCUGUUUUGUCAAGCUAUAAGCCUGCAUGUGUGCUAAAAUAUUUAAUUAAAUCCCCUCAUUAAAUUAAUAUAUUUAAGUUGCACCUGUUUUUUAUAGCCCUUACCCAAAGACCAUUUUUUUCCGUUGGAAUAAUUUGGAUGAAAAUAAGAAAUAUGUGAAAGAAAAUAAGAAAUAAGUGACCAGAUUUUGUUAUUGAAAAGCAUGGACAUUCACAUAUGUCCAUGCUCCUUAUUCCCUACACUCAUUUUUAAAGAUCGAAAACAAAAUGGAAGAUAAGAGUCCAGGAACAUACAAAGCAACCAAUGCGGUAUGUUUUAAGGCUUAGCCUAGUUUUUUCUGCUUCGCCUAGUAUUUAGAGUAUGCUUGCCUUGCUUUAGCCAAACCACUCAUACUGAUUCUCUUUUAGUCUAUCCAUAAAAGCAGAUUCAGUUUCAGUUGUAUCCAGGAACUUGCAUAAUCUGCUUAUGUUAUGCUUAUACUUGCUUUUUUACCUUGAAAGUAGUCUUAAAAAAGGAAAUUGUAACAGAUGUUUGUUGGACCUCUAUUAGUCAAUGAUAUCAGUCAUUGGUGUCCCCCAGCCCAUCCCCGAUGUUGUGUGCAGAGCAAUCUUGUCAUUCUAUUAAGUCUCAACUAUUCUUUUUGUAACUUGUCUUCCUUUACAAAGGCACUGCAGAGGCUAAGAAGACGCAUGGAAAAUCUGAAGAAUCAUCAUUCAACUUGUGAGGCCAGAUUUGAAAAGGAAAUUAUAAAUCCAGAAGCUCAGGUUUGACAAUUGUUUAGAGUGAGGAUACUGGGGAUGGUUGAAUCGUUAUAAUAUCCUAUUGCCUAAUUUGCACAUGACUAAUAUCAUUUUAUUGUAUCCUUAGAUGUCAGACACUGAGGUUGCCAGUACCACUGAGGCUGCCAGUACCGCUGGGUCGAUAGUCCAUGUGUUGGAUGAUGCACCGCCAUUGAUCAGAACAGACAGCAUAUUCUUGACCAAAGCUAUGCUUGGAUACAAGACUGAUGACUCAAUAACCAGCAUUGACAACAGUGAAGAUGAUUAUGUCCCAAGGUCAUCAGAGGAAGACGAUUCCGAUGAAUUUUCAGAACCAAAGACAAGGGUGGACAGCAGUAAACACGAUGAUCUAGUCUCAGAGGGAGACAGUUCAGAUAAAUUAGCGGGUGUCAAGAGAAAGAAGCAAUACAAGAAGACUAUCAAGAGAUGCAGAAGUUCCUCAGAAGAAAACAGCUCAAAUGGAGAAUCAGAACUCAAGAGAAUGAAGCGAUACGAAAAUACUUAUAAGAGAUGUACUAGUUCCCCAAAGUCGAACACUAGCAGUGAAUCAUUGCUUGUAAUGAAUGUCUCAGAAGUAGAUGGAUCCAAAAAGUACCACCAAAAAAAGCACUUCUGUCUGUUUUGCGAGCAACCGCAAUCCAAAAUCGCCCGUCAUUUAGAACAUAAACAUGGGGAUGAAAUGGAAGUAGCUACUGCACUUCAGUUUGCAAAGAAGUCAAAAGCUAGGAGACUUCAGCUGAAUCUCCUUCGCAAGAAGGGGAAUCGGGCACACAACAUUCAGGCACUUAAAGAAGGAAAGGGGGGUUUGGUACCAUGUAAGCAAACAAGUGAUGACAAGAGCAAUCACCAGGACUAUCAGCAUUGUUUUGCCUGCCAUGGGCUCUUUAAACGCAAAUCUAUGUGGAGGCAUGUGGCAAGGUGCACACUAGCACAAAAUGUUCGUAAGGAGAUGCCUGGCAAAACCAGAAUCCAGGCACUCUGUGCUAGUGCUCAACCGGUUGCUAAAGGAGUCAGCGAGAAGGUCUGGAAACUGGUGAGUAACAUGGCUCAAGAUGAUGUAGCCCAUGCAGUAAAAGAAGACAGAUACAUCUUGGCAUUGGGUGAAAAAAUGUACAACAAGAAAGGGGAGAACCCCUCACAACACCAGCACAUUCGUCAAACUUUGCGAGAACUAGGGAGACUCGUGAUUAAAGGUAGAAAGGUGACACCACUGAAAAAGAUGAAGGAUUAUAUCAACCCACAACACUUCCAAUACAUCAUAAAAGCUGUCAAAGAAGUGACUGGCUUUGAUGAAAAGACAAACAAAUUUGAAAAAGCAACCUUGGCCACAAAGCUUGGGCAAAGCAUCCAGAAAAUUGCAGACGUCAUGGAGGGUGAAGCUCUUAUUACCCAGAAUGAAGAAAAGUUGAAGCUAGUCCGAGACUUCCAAGGCAUCUACCGUCUUCGCUGGAAUGAAAUGAUCUCUUUUGCUGCAUAUCGUACACGAACAGAGGAAAUGGAACGCACCGCAGCUUAUUCCAUUAGCAGAUGAUGUUAAAAAAAUGGACAUGUACUUAGAUGAAAAGCAGAAACAAUACUACAACCAACUGUGCGAUGAGAAAACCUCAAGAAAAUGGUGCAAUCUAGCAAAAGUGAUACUGGCUCAGAUGAUUAUCUUCAACAGGAAAAGAGAGGGAGAGGUGUCAAAGAUGUCUGUGGCAACAUUUCACUCCAGGGACAAAUCCCCACUUAACAAAGAUGUUGCAGUGGCGCUAACAGAGGUUGAGAGACUGCUCUGUGCGCAUUUUGAACGCAUCGAAACCUGUGGGAAGCGUGGCAGGAAGGUGCCUGUAAUCCUCACUCCAGUGAUGGUGGAAUCUUUAGAGCUGCUUAUCAAAGAGCGGUGCUCAUGUGGAGUGAGCGAAGGUAAUAUCUACUUAUUUGCCAGGCCAGGAUAUGAUACACAUUUUCGGGGGAAUGACUGCAUCCGCGUCUAUGCCAAACAAUGUGGUGCCAAGUUACCUGAAGCAUUGUCAUCAACUAAACUACGAAAACAGGUUACCACCCUCUCUAGAGUGUUAAAUCCCAAUGAUACAGAACAGGACCAGUUUGCUGACUUCUUGGGUCAUGACAUUCGGAUUCAUCGAAUGUUCUACCGUCUUCCAGAGGGAACGCUUCAGUUGGCAAAAAUAAGUAAAAUACUGAUGGCGUGUGAACAGGGCAGAUUGGCAGAGUUCAAGGGGAAAACUCUGGAUCAAAUAACCAUCAGCCCCAGUGGUAAGUUUACCCCCAGUGUUUAGUUUAAUGGCAAAAUGUUUACACUUUGAUUUGUUUUGCGCAGAUUUAGCUUGCCUCAAUUUACCAUUCUUCUUUUGGCUGUCUUUUACAAACUGUUAUGUCUGAAGAAAUGGAUGCUGCAGCCACUGAUUGCGCAUCAGAGAGUGACUCUGAGAGAGAGGAGUCGUCUGAAAAAUCCUAUGAAGGAAAUCUGACAGGAGAGAUGUCAGCAAUUCGGGCCAAACAGCCAAUGACCAAGGGAAAGCUGGGACAAAAGAGAGGCCCACACGGUAAGCAUGUUUCCUGCUGCCUUCAGUCAGUGCGUUUUCACUCUGUAGUGUCAACCUAUGGCUGUACUGUGCUG